AUGGAGUUCAGGACUUUGCUUCUGCUGACCCUCCUGGGGCUUUCGCUCGUGGAGCAAGGGUUCGGACAGAGAGGUGAUGUGGAUGUACGCGAGUGGCUGUCAGCCAAAGAGGAGUUAAUUAAAAAGUUGGAGGACAAGCUGAAAGAUGUUGAAAGAUGGAGGAGUGAGGUUAAAGCUCUGGAGGUCAGACUCAAUGAAACUGUGGACGAGCUGACGAGGCAGAAAUCUGAAGUGGAGAGACUGAACAAGGAAAACGAAGGUGAGGAAUUUAUGAUGAAGUAAUCUCCAAAUUUAAGCUCCAGCUUGAAAUACAAAAUGAUGUAUUUGUCGUUUUGUUUUUUACAGGCCUGGAAACUAGACUGAAUGCAACAGAGAAGGAGGUUGAUGAGCUGAAACAGAACAGUGGUAAAGGUAAGGUGGAACAAAUUCAGCUUAAAAUAGUUUUAAAAACUUACAGGAUUAUGUUAUGAGUGAGAAAAAUCCACCUUUUUCCUUUUUCUAUAGCGAGGUCUGAUCUUUAAUUUGGUGAUAUCUUCUUCAUUAACCUUCAAACAUUAUCCGUUUAUCUUUCUGUUCACACUAGCUCCUCAGAUUGCCUUCUCUGCCUCCUUGGCAAACUUCGGUGAGAUUUACAAAGGACCCUGCACAGACAAGACUCUGAUAUUCAAAAGGAUCUUCUCAAACACUGGAAAUGGUUACGAUAACAACACAGGUACUGCUAACUCUUUGGGACGUGUGUGUGUGCAAAUGCUUUUAAGAUAUCUGAGAGUUUGCAACAAAAACAGUUGAGUCAGGAAUGUGCAGGAAUGUUUGUUUCUGGUAUUUCAAACAAGCUCAAACAAAGUUAAAGACUUUGCUGGGACUCAUGACUCCAGGGUUUUCAUGCUAAUGCCUCUUUGGUCGCCCCCGCAUAGUCAUGUCCUCUUUUUGGGAAGUCAGAAUAUGGUCACCCUAAUCUACAUACAUCAUGCUAUCGGUGACGUAAGCGAACCUGAUACAAACCCUAAUUUGUGAUGGUUGGUUUAUCGGUAUAUCGCCCUAUAGGGUUGUCAAGGUUGGUGUCACCAGGAUAGAAAGCAUAGAGGACCUAAAAACAGACAAAUAACACACAUCUGUUGAAAAUCAGCAGUUUAUUCACAAUAUUAUUCUCUCAAAGCUCACAGAUAAGCAGGUGGGCAUGCAGGUAGGCACUGAGAUGGCAUGGAUCCAGAAAAGUACAAAGCCUUGAGCUAUGAAACAGAGAAACAUGGAUAAACUGGCAAAAGAAGAAAUAAUUCAGACUUUAAUGUGUGGUAAAUGAUUGAGAAUAAAGACAUUGAGAUAUGGGAAUGUAGCUAGAAGACAGGAGCAGGGCAGAGACUCUGAAGCCCAGUUUGAGUAUCCUGUUAGAUAUUAAACUUAGAGAUCGUGUCAAAGUGUUGUCACUGUUUUCUUUCUAUUACAGGAGUCUUCACAGCACCAGUGAACGGUCUCUACUAUUUCAGCUUCAGCACCUAUGGCUACAACACUCAUGUCAUGGGGGCCAUAUUAGUGAAAAAUGGAAUCCGUCAAGUUUCAACCUAUGACCACCCUUCAGAUGACGGCUCGGACAGCAGCAGCAACUCCGUUGUUCUGCGAUUGGCUGCUGGCGAUAAAGUGCACAUGGAGCUGUGGGAUAAGGGCAGGGUUUUCGAUAACCUGAACGGGCACACAACUUUCAGCGGGUUUCUUAUCUUCCCCGUGUAA